UCUUCCCUAUAAAAACUCGAUCUUCAAGCAGAAUAUACACAGUUAAGUGACAGACAGAACUGAAGAUGUGCUCCAAAUUCGUCAUCGCCUUUGGUCUCUUGGCCCUUGCUGCGACUGCCUACGCCCAAGGAACCGCUCCAGCCACACCCCCAGCCACACCACCAGCCUCGCCCACCACGCCACCCGCCUCGCCCACCACACCGCCCGCAUCGCCCGCCACGCCGCCCGCCUCGCCAGCCACUCCGCCCGCCACGCCGCCCGCCUCACCCUCCACGCCGUCCUCGCCCGCUUCUCCGACUUCGCCCACCACUCCAAGCACCUCGCCGGCCUCGCCAAGUAGUCCUUCCACGCCUCCCUCUUCACCCAGUAAUUCCACCACUCCCAGUGAUUCCCCCGCUGCCAGUGACACUAGCGACACCACCGCCCAGGACCUGGCCAGGGCGCAGCGCCAGGUUCGCCUGCUCCGAGGUCAGGUGAGGAGGGCCAGACGUCAGGAGCGCAGGAGUCGCCAGCAGAUUCAACGGCUUAGGCGCCAAUCGGGACGUCGUCAAAGGCGACCAAACCGGCGCGGAAACCGUCAGCGCCGGGGUUGAUUCUAAGGAUUUGAAGGUCCUUGAAAAGGCCUAUCAAAGCGCAAUCAUGGAUCUAU